UUCCCUUCACUUUCACGGGAUCCUUGAGCGCGGAGGCGUCUGGGAGUUGUAGUCUGGUGUGACCUGCCCCAAAGUACGCGUUAGUGUGCAAGAGAGAGGAAUCCAGUUGGAGAUGCAGGUUUUGGGGUUCCUCCAGUAGAUGUGAGGCGCUGCAGAUGCGAUGUAUUCUUUGUAAAAGGAGAGGUUCACUUUGGCGGAGUCUCCAUGGGCAAGCGCUAUUUCUGUGACUACUGUGAACGGUCCUUCCAGGACACACUCCACAACAGGAAGAAGCACCUGAACGGAGUUCAGCAUCUCAGGGCCAAGAAGGGCUGGUACGAUGUAUUUCGAGAUGCCGCAGCAAUCCUGCAGGAGGAACAGAAUAAGAAGCCCUGUCGGAAAUUCUUGCAAACAGGCCAGUGUGACUUUGGUGCCAACUGCAGGUUCUCGCACUUGACGGAAGAAGGUCUGGAGAAGCUGAACGCCCAGGUGCGAGAGGAGAGGAGAGCGAAAGAACAGCAACUGGACCAGGCGCUUGUUCCGCUGGGCAACAUCGACGAGUGGCUGGAGAAGAGAGCCAAGCGAGUUGGGGCGGCUCAGACCGACAGCACCCUCUCGGAGAAAGAAUCAGUUUUCCAGUAUCCUCCCGGCUGGCCACCCGUCCAGGAGCUUCCGCCCUCCCUGCAGGCCCCGCCUCCUGUUGGAUGGCCGGUCCCGCCCACUCUCCAGUGGGGAUGACUGCUGAUGUGCCCAGAACCCCAGAUGUCCUUUAGAAUGUCAAGCUCCAUCCUUUAUUUCUGGGUGGGGAACUGGUGGCCCUCCAGAGGUUGCUGAACGACAAUUCCCUUCAUCCCUGGCCAUUGGCAACCCCUGGAGGGCCAACAGUUCCCCACAUCUGUUUCCCCACUUUUGUUUUUAUGGAUUGGUGCCUUGUUUUUCUGAGUUCAUGACUUUUUUUAAUGCUGAAAGUGCAAACCAGAAUUAAAACAAUGUGAGCCCUAAGAUGGCAGUUCAACGAGAAAAAGAAAAUGGUAAUUUUGUUUCCUUCUGAUGCAAGCUAAUUCAGCACUGAGUGGUGCGGUCCUAUGGUCUUGGCAAGGGUGUCCUGGUGGCUGUAGGGCAGAGUGGUCUGCGAGAGAGUCUCUCUCUUGCGGGUACAGAAGCAUUUGCUGCCCUUUCUACGUCAAUAGAGCAGUAACAGCAAAAAGGGUGUGUGUGCUCUGGGCCCAGAUCUGGGGGGGCUUUGGAUCAGUCAGUUCAAAAGCCCUCCUGUUCCUCCAAUAUGGCUCUAAAAUUGGGGUGUGUGUGUUAAGGUUAAGGUAACACCAUUCCUGGGCCUGAUGGGAGGGAAAAUCCAGCCAAAUGGAAGCAGAAGAAAAUGGAAAUAUACCACCACCACCAGCUUCGACCCUUCUGGCAUGAGCCUCAUAGGCCCUUAGAUUUGGUAGUUCCCCCAUCUUGGGUUCUUCUCCCUAGACUGUGAGUAAUGAGGGGUAAUGGAAAGCUGUGAUUUACUAAAGCUUUCUGGCUUGUUUUCUUGUGUGAAAGGAAGAGCCAAGUGGGAGCAAGGGGUGAUGUGCAAGUGCACAAAGUUCAUGUGUAUAUCGUGGCAUGUUGAGCUGGGAUUUGAUUGUCUGAAUGUUGUCACUGUCUUUAUAUUUCUAGAGAGCCACCUUGUGUUUAGCUGAAAUUUGUACUACCUAUGUAUGUGUGUGUGUGUGUGUGUGUGUGUAUAUAUAUAUAUAUAUAUAUAUAUAUAUAUGUACAGAAUAAAGACUUCUCAAUUCAUGUA